AUGAGUGAACCAAUUUUUACGUGUAAUGCAUGUGUUACCCAAUUCAAGUCUAGUGAUCUUCAAAGAUAUCACAUGAAGACUGAUUGGCAUAGAUACAAUUUGAAGAGAAGAAUAGCAGAUUUACUACCCAUUUCAUCCGAUGAAUUUGCAGAAAAGUUGCAAACAUCUGAAAGAGAGCAGACUAAACAUCAGGUUGAUGAGUUUGGUUUCCCACUAUUGAAAUCCUUACCUAAUCACCACCAUAAACACAAUGAUGGUGUUACGAAAUUAUCAAAGAUAAAGUCUGAAACAACCAAUGAAUCUGAUAUAGAAGAUAGGGGUGAAAUUGAUCUACAGAAGACGACCUCAAGGACAGAGUCAGUGAUAUCCGGACUGUCUCAGGUUUCAUUGGAAAGUGGUGAAACCUAUGGUGAAGCUACAGCUUCUGAGUAUGGGUUUACUAGUGAUUCUAAUUAUGAAAAUGAUACAGUCGACACAGAUGGUUUAGAGAAUGAUUUGAGUGAUGUUGAUGAUAUUCAUUUCGCAAACUCGAUAAUCACCAAAUGUAUUUAUUGUGGUGUAGAAAAUAAAGAAAUAAACAGAAACGUCAAGCACAUGUUCCAAAACCACGGCCUUUAUAUCCCAGAAAGAUCAUAUCUAAUAGACCUGCCUGGCCUUUUAAACUUUCUAUACGAUCUGACUGUCAUCAACUAUAAUUGCUUAUGUUGUAACUUUAUAGGGUCAUCCUUAGAGAGUAUUCGUGCUCAUAUGAAUUCAAAACGUCAUUGCUGGAUGCCUUACGAAACUUGGGAACAACGUGAAUUAUUUGAACCGUUUUAUGAUUUCAGCUCGCUUCAAGAUGAGGAUAAACCCAAAUCAUCUUCAUCUAAUAGCAAUAAGAAAAGCAUCAGAUUUGAAAAUGUAGAUGAUGCGAAAUCAGACGAAGAUACCUCCCACGAUUCAGAAGAAGAAUCUGUUGGUAUAAACUCUAACUACACCAGAGUUGAAAUAGAUAACACCGGCCUCGAGCUAACUCUUCCAACUGGUGCAAGACUUGGCCACAGGGCAGGUCAAAGAUUUUACAGACAAAAUAUUCCUACACACGAAACCUCAGAAAGUAGAGCAACUGUCACUGCGGCUGAUAGAAGAUUAGUAAGUGGGAUAACUGAAAGGCAAUUUAAACAAGGUAUAAAGAACGGCCAACAAGUAGAAAAGAGAGCUAAUGAUGAUAGAUUGCGUAAAGAAAUGAGGAGAAUGAACUUCCAAACACAUUAUAGAGACGAGUUCUUGCAAUAA